UCAUGACCCUUCGCAGCGUGUCUUUGUUGCUUUUGGUGGUGGUUGGCCUCGCUCAUGAGACAGCACCAUCAAAGCCUGAUGCGACUGCUGCAGUGAAGCAGAUGGGAUCUUGGUACAUCUUCGACCUUGGCCAGUCCUGUGCUUGCCAAGCUUGUCCUGAAGAACCUGCAGAUGCCACAGGACACUUGCGAGGAAGCCAGGAGACUGCGCCAAAGGAGAUUCCAAGCCAGGAGAACCACGAGACAGAGCCUAAGCCAGCGGAAAAGCCUGACGCUGCCGCGCACACCAAGGACACUGAGGGCACCGAGACAAAGUUGAGUCUCAAGAGUCUGAAGAUCACCCCAUCCACAGAGAAUGAGGACAAGUGGGAAGGUGCCAGUGUGAGCGGUAGCAACAUGCUCUACUGCAUCUUGCUGCAAUUUGAGGAUUCCUGCAAAUGCGGCAAGAAGUGCGCAUAUGGUCGGCAGUUGGGUCUCUACACUUACUACUGCUUCCGCUACGGCUGCAAUGCGUGCUAA